CGCUAAUUAGUGUUGAGCUAGAUAUUCAUCUAAUAGUCCACUGAAUCUAUAGCCAGAAGACGACAGUGUGAUGUCCAGUGAAACGGCCGGUGAAAUGGUUAAUACAAAGCCUCCCACCCCUCAGAUGGAUAUGAAUAUGUACGCCACCAGAAAGACAAUUGCCCAGGGUGAGAUUAUUGUGGGAAUUGUAUUCAUACUAUUGGGUCGACUGAACAUCAACUUCUUUGUCGACAGAAAAAAGGCCGACCUUUUGAACAACGGCUCCGUAAUACUCAUAUUCUUGAUAACUGUGGUCAAUGUGCUGAUCACGGCGUUUGGGCCCAGCGACAGCUCGGGUCCCGGUGCCGGUGGACACCAUCAACCUAUGGCCUGGACCAAUUUUUACCCUGGCAAACUUCCUGACGAUAGUAGUAGAUAA